AUGGAGUCCACAUCUCCGCCAAGGUCGACUGAGGUUGACGUAGUCGUUGCCCAGUCUCUCCGACAAGCGAUGAAGGGCCUGACAAUCAAUCCCAAGAUCCGUAAUCGCCAACACCGGAUUGAUAAGCCGGCGCAACGAACUCGGCGGAUGUAUCGGGCCCCACCGGGAAGACAAUUUACACCAGUGCGUAUUAUCUACAGAGAAGUCAGGUACUACAGACAAGAAGUUCUGCAACUGUGCCCUGAACAGCGUGAUCGCGCAGUUGCAAUCUUCACCAAGCUUGCAGAAAUCACUGCAGAAAUCAAAAGGGGUUUGAUAAGGGGACCGGCCUUGCGCGGCCUUGCCAGCGGCGGAGUUGAGCUCCAACAUCCUACAUUAUGGUUCCAGCGAUUCAUUUGUCACUCUGUCUAUGACAAGAUGUCGAGUUCAAGUCUGCAAGAGCUGCGGCGAAGAAUUUUCAAGUACACGACCUGCCUCUAUCGUAUGCACAUUCCCUUCGACCCGGACUUGACGACUCUUGAGGUCAUAUCAAACCAGGGGGAUUAUCCAAGACAGGAUAGUCACAGACCAUACCUCAAUAAAUUUGACUUUGAUGUCGAUCUUGAUGAUGAAACAAUUUCUUGGGCUGAGCUAAGGGACGCGAAAUUACGACUGGUCGAGGCUCAGUUUGCAGUCCUCGAGUUGAUAACUAGGCUGUCAAAACCCAACCCCUCUGAAGCCCAGCGACUGUCACUUGAUGUAGAGCCCAACAUUGUCGUUGGAAUACUCCGGGUGCGGAAUGACAGCAGCGAAAGUAAUCGAGUUAUUCCGCUUCUCAAUGCUUACUCCCCCGAGCUUGGGCAAUACGUGGCCGAAUAUACCAGGCAAUAUCUACGCAUGUCUUCACAUCGAAAAUGGCCCUUGAGCCCCAAAGCACAGGAGCACCACCUUGAGUAUUAUGCGUGCACUUCUCACGUGCUACGUUUAAUGGACAAUCACAGGCAAGACGGGCGCUUAGAGCCGAGCGCCCUCCGGGCCAAGCUGUUAAUUAUCCGUGCUUGCUACCUUAUCAACACCUAUGCUAAGUAUAUGCCCAAAAUUGGAUCUCAUGGAUUACUCGAAACUAGCAGAAAACACACCGUCAACUUGUACCCAAGCAACGAGAUUUUCAUGUCCGUUGUACAAGCACGCAAUGAGGCAGAGGAAGAAAUUGAGAGAUUAGCUCAGAGCGGCCAGCAGCUUGAUGAAGAUAUCAUGUUUUUAGCCCGCGUGGACAGGUCGAUUUAUGAGUACAACGGUCGUUGA